GAUUCUUGCCAAGUAUCGCAUGGCUAAUCUGAUAGGGACUCGGCCCAUUUGGCGUUCGAAGGCAUAACGUCAACCAUAAACUCGCAAGAGAACCGCACUCACACGCCAUAUAGACCCGUAUAUAACCUCUAGAAACCUUAUCACCAGUAGAUCUGAUCUCGCCUAGGGUUUGCUCUGUUCUUCCCUCUUUGAAUCCCACUCGCUCAAGUAAUCGAAUUAGGGUUGGAGGUUUCGUAGCUCGAAGUCACCAUGCCGAAGAAUAAGGGAAAGGGAGGUAAGAACAGGAAGAGAGGAAAGAACGAGGCCGACGACGAGAAAAGAGAGCUCGUAUUUAAAGAGGACGGCCAGGAGUACGCGCAGGUCGCUCGUAUGCUGGGUAAUGGCCGCUGUGAGGCCGUGUGCAUCGACGGGCAAAAGCGUCUCUGCCACAUCCGCGGCAAGAUGCACAAGAAAGUCUGGAUCGCCGCCGGUGACAUCAUCCUCGUCGGUCUUCGUGACUAUCAGGAUGACAAGGCUGAUGUGAUUCUCAAGUAUAUGCCGGACGAGGCGAGGUUGCUAAAAGCAUAUGGAGAGUUGCCUGACAACAUUAGGCUGAGUGAAGGUGUUACCAAUUUGGAAGAAGAUGAAGAGGGUGGUGGUGGUGAAGAUUACAUUGAGUUUGAGGAUGAAGACAUCGACAAGAUCUAAACUUUGCAGUUACAGUUGAUACCUCUGUUUUUCUUUCACAAUCAUAUUUAUAUUAUUAUGUGAGCGAAUAGAAGAGAGAGACCUUAUUAUGUGUUGUAAUCUUUUGUGCAUUGGUAUAUGUACAAAAUUUAUGCUUGGGCAGACUAACCACAAUAAAAUUUUAUCUUUAUUCAAAAUGUUAUCACUGCGUCUUUGUUUCUAUAUCAUCAAUGGCAACUGGCAUUAAUCAAUCAGAAUGAGCUGACAGUUUGUAAGUUGUAAUAGCAAGGAUUAGGGAUUCAAGACUGGAAAUUGAAUCAAUCAGAAAAACAAAUGUAUCUUGUGUUGCCGUCCUUUUUUGUUCUCAAAAUUACAUAGAGUAUCAGGUAUGAUUUUGUCUCAGAACUCAGAAGUGAUGAUUUAAGAAAUGUCUAUAAUAAAGUUACUAUUAUAGACAUUAUUAUAAAUAACCUUAUAUUUUAG